ACCAGAAGUACCAAGCAUCGACACCUGUCUUCCUCCUCCUCUCCAACCACUCCAACCAGCAGCUCGAAGCCAAGAAAGCUUGCUCACAUGGAGCUCCUCCACUUCCAGGCGCAGCCACCAGUGUUCCAGCUCGAGGACUACAGCAGCUACUACUACUACUACCAGCAGGAGGCGGCGGCGCAGGCCAAGCCGUCCAAGCCACGGGGCCGGAAGAAGGGCAGCAACAACCACAGCAAGUUCGUCGGCGUCCGGCAGCGCCCGUCGGGCCGGUGGGUGGCGGAGAUCAAGGACACCACGCAGAAGAUCCGCAUGUGGCUCGGCACCUUCGAGACCGCCGAGGCCGCGGCCAAGGCCUACGACGAGGCCGCCCGCCUCCUCCGCGGCACCGACGCCCGCACAAACUUCGCGCCGCGCAUCUCCCCCGACUGCCCGCUCGCCGUCCGCAUCCGUGGGCUCCUCCACCACAAGAAGAUCAAGAAGGCCAAGGCCGCCGCGGCGAGCUCCUCCGCGGCCGCUGUGGCCGCCGCCGCCAAGCAGCAGGCGUCGAGCUCCCCUGUUCCCACCACAAGCAAUAGCAAUAGCAAUAGCAAUAGCAAUAGUCAUAGCACGAAUAGUGCUUGUGGUGGCGGCUCCAGCAGCAGCAGCAGCAUGAGCAGCUCCAGCUCCAGCUGCGACGACGCCAUAGCCAUGCCGCACGGCGGCAUCGGCGCACUGGACGCCGGCGAGGUGUACCGGCCGGAGUUCGCCACCGCGGGCGCCGAGGAGUUCGAUUCCUGGAUGUUCGACUCGGCGUUCGGCCAGUUCCCAGCGCUGGACAGCUUCGCGGCCGUCGACGACGCUGUCCCAGCCGCUGGCACCACGGAGGAGUCCGUCGCCGCCGCGACGCCGGGCGACGAGAUGGCCGAGUUCGAGCGGAUCAAGGUGGAGCGGCGCAUCUCGGCGUCGCUGUACGCCAUGAACGGCCUGCAGGAGUACUUCGACCGGGUGAUCGACGCCUCUGCCUGCGACUCGCUCUGGGAUCUCUCGCCGCUCUGCCAUCAUUAGCUAGCUAGCUUCACCUCAACCGCGUGCGUCGUCGUUUCUUGCUCUUCCACCUCUCUCCUGGGUGUUGGCCAUUGUCGGGGAAAUUAGUAACAAGUGUCAGGUGUAUGUGCGUCUGCGGUGUAAAGAGGAACCCAAGAACAUUAGAGGAUCCUGCUCGUUCUAGUGUAGUCAGUCGAUGCAUUUCUGUGCCAAAAUGCCUCAAAUUUUGCCUUAUGGCAAAGCAAAUCAUAGCACAUUUCAGUGUUCAGUACGCAAUUGUCCUUCUUGGUGAUGACUCCUGGGUGCUGACUGCA